UACAAUUAUUCAAAUUCCAAAAUGGUUACAAAAAAUUUAUCCAAAUAAUUAUCAAAUUAGUGAAAAAGAAUUACUUGCAUGGAAAGCUAUGCAUAAAUCUUGUGGAUGUUCCAAUGUUACUCCAUUUGAAAAAAAUAUAUUUGAUUUAGAAUUUUGGAGUAGGGCAAUAGAUCCGAGUGGUGAUAAAGAAACUUUAUUAGAUUUUUAUAAUUCAAUAUUAGUUCAGUUAGAAAAUGAAAAUAAAGAAUUAUCUGGAAUUAUAGAUAGUAGUAAUAUAUUUUGGGAAAAUUUUAGGGUUGGUUCAACAAGCCUUAGUUUAGCCCGUAAGCAUGCUAGACUUAAUGGCCCAGACAAAAGCAAUGUAUUGAUGAGCUCAUAUAAAGUAGAUGCUAAAACAAAUUUACCAAUAUUGUAUUUACAAGAUCAAAAACAAGCAUCAUGGUACAAAUUUGAAGAAAUAUAUCCUAAUGGUAUGAAAAAAACUUCUUUUAUGACACGGUUGGCUAAUUACAAUCAUAUAAAAUAUUGGGAAGAUUUAGGUGGAUUGUGUUUAAUAUGUAAUGACUAUGGGUUUGAAGUAUUUCAAAAUUUAAUAGCAAUUGCUCGAAAUACUUUAUGA